CAGCACCGCGCCGAGGCACCCUGGGUAAUGUAGUAGCAGAAGCAACGGCCCCUUAGCGACGGGCUCAUGGAGACUGUGUGUCCGUGAGUGUGAAGGAAUGCCAGGCUACACGGUCAACACACACCGAGGAGAACACACACACACCGAGGUGGAAUUAAAGCUUCACAUCGAUGAGAGUAACUGACUCACUUCACAUCGGUGAUUUGUGGUGAAUAUGGGAUGUGGCAGCUCCUCGAACACCGCGGUCACACCGCUCACACGAGAGGGGCCGAAGAGAGACGAGGAUGAGACAGGAAGUAAACUUGGUAACCGUGGAGACUCCGCCGUGUCAAAGGGCACCACAGACAGUGGGGUGGUGAUGGAGAACAAAGAGAUCCCUGAGUUACCUGGAGCGAUGCCCAGAAAACUCCCUCCUCUGAUACCUGAGCGUGUUGGAGAAAGUGUCGCAGACACAAUGACACAAGAUGGAUUGCUGCAGCAGGAUGGUACAAUGCAGGAGCGGCAAAAGUCCAGUGAGAUCCUGGAGGAGCUGCUGAAUCAGGGCAUCAUCCCGGUGGGACAGAGCAGAGAGAGGAGCAGCGUCGCUGGAGAGGCCUACAGCAUCAUGCUGGAUGACAGAGAUGUGGUCAGGCAGAGGCCUGCGAGAUUGGAGUCCCUGAAGGUCAAAAACGAGCAAAGUCCCCCCAGCAGAGAAGAGCUAGAGGAGAAGAUGAGACUUGUUGAAGAGAGACGCAAGUCAAGGGAAGACAAGCUCAAGACGCGUUUAAGGACCAAGUCUGCGCGUGUCCGUGUCCCUGCCACUGUCAGUGCAGCAGAAGAUGAAGACACAUCCCUCACACCUGUGACACCCCUCACCUUUGACCCCACACCGAAUCCACUGUUGCUCACGUCCGAGGGAAGAGAGUGUGUAAGAGAGGCUGGAGGUGAUGACAGAGAGAAUGAAAAAGGAAUGGGAGUAGAGAAUAGAGCAGAGAGAGAGGGGCGUGGAGAUGACAGAGGGGAAGGUGCAGAGCAGGCGAGUGAGAACAGUGAUGAUGAUGAUGAUGAUGAUGAUGAUGAUGAUGAUGAUGAUGAUGAUGAUGAUGAUGAUGAUGAAGAGGAGGAGUUGAACCAGGUGGUGGAGCUCCAGGCGGGGCAGCUCCUCACAGCCUCAGGGGAGCUGGAGUGUGAUUCCACUUUUCAACAUGUCGAAGACAAAGAGGAGAAAUUUUAAAUGAUCACAUGAAUGAGCCAAUAAUCAGCACUAAGACAAAGGAAGCCAAAAUGAUUCCUUUUGCACAUAAGGAGGGUAAAGAUAGAAAAUAUUAAGUACAGUCAAUGUUGUUUGGAGAUAAAUUGAAAGAUGUAAUAAAGCUGUGAUUAGACAGGUAAAUUAUUCUGAUGUCAAUGUGAAUAUCUAGCAUCAUUUCCACUGCAGGGAAGCACAUCAGCUCGUAAAUCGUUGUAAUAUCUUUGCUCAUUGAUAAGCACAAAGGAAUAUGAGGGUUUUCUUUUCUAAUGCAGUGUUAUUAAACUUUAAUAAACAUGACCAAGGUUUAAUGCUCUUGCCAACAUACCAAAAUAAAUUUUGUAUUUUAUUAUAAUCGUGGAAAAAGAAUAUUAUCAAGUGCAAUUUAGCAUGUAAAUGGUGAACUUUGGGCAGAUGGACACAAGAUGGAGCUGUCUCAGUGGGAUGAAGUUGUGUUAACCUCUCACUGGUCUUUAAAAAGACAAGGUGUAUAGAGAUUUGGUGACAGGUGAGGAUGUGCCUUUUGAAAUUAAGUGUAAAAUGAUGUUGUUAAUAAUCAAUAAAGUUCCCUUUUUUC